UGCGCCGCGCUGGUAUUUACGACACUUGCGUUCGGAAGACGUCAGUAUGCGGGCACACAUGUGGAGUGCGGCGUGUGUUUCUGCAUUCAGAGUCCUGACUCGAGUCUGCGUGUCAUCUCAGCAGGUUAAAGCAUUUCCUCCGGUGUUUACAGCCCACAGCCUCUCUCUUUUCAGUCCAUGUUCCUCUGUGCUCGUCAAGGGUUUGAUGUCAAGAAGACGACCUUACAGUAGGAAGAUGUCACAGUCCUUGGCGCAGCGGAUGGUCUGGGUGGAUCUGGAGAUGACAGGGUUGGAUAUCGAGAAGGACAAGAUUAUUGAGAUGGCUUGCAUAGUUACAGACUCUGACCUGAACAUCAUUGCAGAGGGGCCAAAUCUGAUCAUCAACCAACCAGAUGAUCUGCUUGAUGGCAUGUCAGACUGGUGCAAAGAGCAUCAUGGGAAGUCAGGGUUGACGCAGGCUGUCAAGGACAGUCACAUCUCUCUCCAGCAGGCAGAGUACGAAUUCCUGUCUUUCGUCCGACAGCACACGCCACCCGGACAGUGUCCUCUCGCAGGGAACUCUGUUCACGCCGAUAAGAAGUUUCUGGAUAAGUACAUGCCGCAGUUCAUGCGACAUCUGCACUAUCGCAUUAUUGACGUGAGCACCAUUAAGGAGCUGUCCAGACGAUGGUAUCCAGAGGAGUAUGGUCUCGCACCGCAGAAAAAAGCAUCGCACAGAGCGCUGGAAGACAUCCAGGAGAGCAUAAAAGAACUGAAGUUUUACAGAGCGAAUGUUUUCAAAGUGAAGGAGAAGAGAAAAGUAGUUGAAAACGGUGAUAAGACGUCUGUGAGCUAAUCUCUAAGCCGAUCUGGAGUGGUUUUAGGAUCUUCCUCACAUUUGAAUGAAAGCUUGUGCGAAUACUUGAGAGAGAGAGAGAGAGAGAGAGAGAGCAAAGCUCCAUGUUGACGUCCCCACUGUUUGUUUCCUGUUUUAUUUAUCACUGCAAAUAUCUUAGUUUAAAAAGAAUCCAAAAAGUUCAAAAUGAUGGAAGUGACUCAUUGUUUUGAACAAGUUCCUUUUUAUGCUUUUGUGUUCCCUUAGGGAAUCUGAUUUGUUGCUUGUUUACUGGAUUGUGUCGGUGUGCAGUAAUGAAACAAAAGUAUGUUUGAAAAGGUUAUUCUGUCUUAGAGUGUUUUCAUUACACUCCUUUUUUGAAAUAAAAAUCAUUUGUUGCGGUUUUUGGAGAAUGUUUAA